AUGGCAAUUAGAACAACAAUUCCUCUUUUCAACAUUCUUUGGCAGUUGCUUCUGCUUUUGCUACUGCCUUGUCACCCAAACUUGGCUAAUGCUGCCGGGGGCAAGUGGAAGUUACUCAUGUCCAACAUUGGCAUAUCAGCCAUGCACAUGCAACUCCUCAACAAUGAUAGAGUCAUCAUGUACGAUCGUACUGACUUUGGCGUAUCUAACAUCUCGUUGCCCAAUGGCAUAUGUCGCAACAACCCUAAUGACCUCGCCUUGAAAGUCGAUUGCACUGCCCACUCUGUUGAAUACGACGUGUCCACUAAUUCGGUGCGACCCCUCAUGGUCCAGACCGACGUGUGGUGCUCUUCUGGCUCAGCCACCUCUGACGGCACUUUGGUCCAAACGGGUGGUUUCAACGACGGCAAACAGAUGGUGAGAGUUUUCAAACCGUGCAGCACUUGCGACUGGCAGGAAAUGGGAGCUGGCCUAAUUCAAAGUCGGUGGUAUUCCACCAAUCAUCUUCUUCCUGACGGAAGGCAAAUUAUCAUUGGCGGUCGUGACGCUUUUAACUAUGAGUUUUAUCCAAAGACCACAACAACCAAUAACGUAUUUAGCCUACCCUUUCUUCAACAGACUAAUGUUCCGAGAGAGGAAAACAAUCUAUACCCGUUCGUUUUUCUUAAUGUGGAUGGAAAUCUAUUCAUUUUCGCAAAUGAUCGAGCUAUCUUAUUUGACUACACGACGAACACCGUAGUGAAAACUUACCCACAAAUACCUGGUGGCGACCCAAGAAAUUAUCCAAGUACGGGUUCUGCAGUUCUUCUUCCGUUAAAGAACUUGCGGGCACAAACAGUUCAAGCUGAAGUUUUGGUGUGUGGUGGAGCGCCAAGAGGCUCAUACCUCAGAGCAACAAAAGGUGACUUUGUGGGUGCAUUAAGCACGUGUGGGCGGAUUACAAUUACUGACCCGAAUCCACAGUGGACCAUGGAGACCAUGCCACUUGCUCGGACAAUGGGUGACAUGGUGAUUUUACCAAAUGGAGAUGUCUUGAUCAUCAAUGGAGCUGCAUCGGGCACUGCUGGAUGGCAAACUGCUAGGAACCCGGUCUUGAGUCCGGUGAUUUAUCGACCCGAUAACCCAUCUGAUUCUAGAUUCGAGGUACAAAACCCGAAUACCAUACCCAGAAUGUACCACUCAACCGCAGUUUUACUUCGAGAUGGUCGGGUUCUUGUUGGUGGUAGUAACCCAAAUGAGUUUUACAACUUCACCGGAGUUCUUUUUCCAACAGACUUAAGCUUAGAGGCAUUUUCACCAUCCUAUUUGGAUGCGGAAUCUGCUAAUCUGCGGCCACAAAUCAUGUCUCCCGCUUCGCAUCUUAAAUUUACGUAUGGCCAACGUGUUGACAUUCAAUUUACUGCUUCCGGGUUACUAAACAGAGAUUCGAUCAAAGUGACGAUGGUUGCACCCGGUUUUAAUACACAUACAAAUACUAUGAAUCAAAGAAUGCUGGUACUUCCAAGAGGAAUUGUAAGACAGGUCAGAAAAUCUGCCUAUCAAGUGAGUUGUGUGUUUCCAAGUUCGGGUAAACUGGCGCCACCUGGUUACUAUCUUCUAUUUGUGGUUCAUCAGGACAUCCCAAGCGAGGCAAUUUGGGUCAGGAUCAAUUAA